AUGUCUGACCUUAAUCAAUUCAUUGCACAAAUUCCAAAAAUAACCAGAUUUUUAACAAUCUCCACACUAACAUCAUCAUUUUUAAAUGCAUUAACAAUAUUACCAUCAUCAACUUUAAUUUGUAACUGGUCUAAAAUUAUUUAUGAUUUCCAAAUAUGGCGUCCCUUCACAGGGUUUUUAGUGGCAAAUCCUCAACCAAUGCAAGGUUUAAUGGAUACUUAUAUGUUGUAUUCAUAUUCACGUGGAAUUGAAGAGUUGAAAUUCUAUAAUAAUUCAGUGGAUUACUUAUUUUAUCUUUUCAUAAUUGUCCCAAUAAUUGUAUUGAGCUCAGUCGUGAUGCCUGUCCCAUUAUUACAACCUGCUCUUUUGGGUAGUUUAACAUAUACUUGGUCCAGGGCUAAUAAAGAUCAUCAAGUUUCAAUCUAUUUUAUUAGUAUAAAAGCAUCGCUAUUACCUGUUGUUACAUUAGGGUUUAGAUUGUUAUUAGAAGGUACAUCUUCAUUUCUUGCUGUUUUGGCUGGGAUGAGUGCAGCUUAUGUUUAUGCAUGUAUUGAAUCAUGGACAUUAGGACCUUUAUACACUUAUUUUUGUGAAACUUUUGGAAUUAGGGUUCAAAAUGAAAAUAGAUUGGGUACUUUAAGCUCUAAAGAGAAGGAAACAAUGAGAGCUCCAUUAUGGUUUAAGAAAUUUGUUGGAACUUUUAUUGGAGGUUCAAGAGUUAUUGAUCAAAGAAAGAAUAAAAUUCAUACAUUAACUAAUGGUUCAACAUCUUCAACAAGUUCUGGGAAUAGUUCAAGUACAAGUUCUGGAAGUAUAUUUGGGAAUAGUAGAUUCCAAGGAAGAGGAUAUAGAUUAGGAAGUGAAAACUAA